GUGAAGAGGCUUCCUGUCUGUGAUUUAAAUAAAGUUGAAGUGCAGCUUUAUCUAAAUCACAGCAUCUCACUUGUUUGAACACCUGACUGUUGAACAGAAUCACGUGUUUCCGUGUGACGUGUCGGGGUUGCGGGUUUGAGUUCCCGCAGGACCAAAGAUGUCACGCUAAUGUACAUUUCUGUAUUUAGGUUAUUUCUGUAUUUAGGUUGCUGACAGAGGCUGCACCGACGGACAGGGCGGCCGUCCAAUGGGAGCGCAGCUUGCCUCCCGUGCAGGGCUGUGGUUGGUCGGCACGGUGACAGAGGGGCGGGGCUGUGAGAUUACAGCAGCAUCUCUCUCUCUGCGGAUCCAGCGGACAUCUGGAACAGCCCUGUCCGGGAAUCAAACCUCCGAGCACCGAACACCGACGUCCCGCACCCACCCUGCCCGGCUCUCGCUGCCUGUUUCCCGGUGAGAACGCAGCCGCGCUCCGGUGUUGUUGUCGCGGCUCCGGGCUGCAUCUCCACCGGGAGGCUGCUGCGCUCCGGAGGGACGGACGCACCGUUUCUCCCGGUUAGAAACACGGAAAUACGAAUAAAACCCGGGAGGGUUGAUGGACUGAAGUGAUCCGACAUCUGAGAGGGUUUUAGGCCCGAUGGAAGCUGCGACAUAUGUGGACCUGGUGCGCCUGGAUCCCGGUUCCUGCCUGGUCUAAAUAGCCCUCUGUGUCACUGAGGAUUUAAUGAAUUUGUUUUGUUUGAGUUUUUCAGUUUCUCUGAUAAAAGGUCCUGAUUGAGAGUUUGCGGGUCCUCGUCCUCCUCCUCCUGGUCUGGAUUAGAGCCCAUCAGGAUCAUGAAUCAUCCCCCCUCUGCUCCUCUAAUCUGGGUUUUACCGAGCUGGAUUUAAAGCUGAGAUCUGAUCUGGAUUACUCUGCUCCUGGUUCAGACCGGGUCACGCCAGUCCCGGUCCUGGUGUGAUCUUAAAACUGGUUCUUGGUCCUCUUGGUCCUGGUUUGGGGAGUUCUUCUGUUGCCAUGCCGACGUCCCGGCCUGGUUCGGAGCCGGUGGAGUUCUGGGUGGAUGGGUCGAGACGGGACGGGACGGUGGAGGAGUUCUACACCCUGAGCUCGGAGCUGGGCAGAGGAGCGACGUCCAUCGUGUAUCGCUGUGAGGAGAAACAGACUCAGAAGCCCUUCGCCCUCAAGGUCCUGAAGAAAACGAUCGACAAGAAAAUCGUUCGCACUGAAAUCGGCGUCCUGCUGCGUCUUUCCCACCCAAACAUUAUCCAGCUGAAGGAGAUCUUUGAGACGGACACUGACAUCGCUCUGGUGCUGGAGCUGGUGACAGGAGGAGAGCUGUUCGACAGGAUCGUAGAGCGUGGUUACUACAGCGAGCGAGACGCCGCUCACGUCAUCAAACAGAUCCUGGAGGCCGUGGCG